AUGUUAAGGCGAAUUACUCGUGCGGUCCCCAGGGUAAACGCUCGUCUCUUCUCCAGCACAUCUGUGUCACUACAGGCUGACGAGUGGAAAAACCUCAAGGCCCCGAAACACGAUUACAAGGGCAAAAUCACUGGAAUCGGCCAAGAAACCAUCAUUCGAGAAGCCAUUCAGCGACAGCUUCCUGAAGACACCAUUUCGCAGCUCGAGCGGCUUGAAUCAGCCUACCAACAGUAUCGAGAAUGCACCCAGAAGUACGAUGAGGCUCGACACAAGCAGAGAAAGGUGUCUGAUGCGAUCAAGGUGGCCACGGACAAGAAGGCGCUCGCACAGGAAGCUUCCGAGGCGAAAAAGCAUAUGAAAGCUAUGGAUCUGAACCAGAGAGAGGCCAUCGCAACCCUCAAUUCUCUCAUGGAGCUGGUCCCCAACGUCAUUCACUCCACCGUGCCCCAGGGAGACGACGUGGAGGUGUUGGAGAUCCUCAACCCCGACAGACAGUACAAGUCCGACGUAGGACAUUACGAAAUUGGCCAUAGUCUCAAUCUGCUCGACACAAAGACGUCGGCCAACACCUCGGGAUAUGGAUGGUACUACUUGCUGGGUCAGGGGGCUCAGCUUGAACAGGCUCUUGUGGCCUAUGUUCUGGAUAAGGCCCGUGUCAGUGGAUGGAUGACUGUAGCCCCUCCCACCAUCAUCCGAAAGUCGGUUGCACAUGCAUGUGGCUUCAAGCCCCGAGAUGUCGGAGGAGAGAAGCAGAUUUACGCUAUUGAGGACCAGGACCAUUGUCUGGCUGGCACUGCUGAAAUCCCGCUGGCUGCAUGGGCUGCUGACAAGUCUUUCAAGUACACAAGCGACCCCGUUAAGGUGUCUGGAGUCAGUCGGUCGUACCGAGCUGAAGCGGGAGCUCGAGGAGCAGAUACCAAGGGUCUGUAUCGAGUGCAUGAGUUCACCAAGGUAGAGCUGUUUGCAUGGACCAUUUCUCCUGAAUCAGCAGAUGCCAUUCUCGAAGACAUGCUUGCAUUCCAAAAGUCUGUGGUUGUGGAUCUCGGUCUCAAGGCUCGGGUUCUCAAUAUGCCAGCUUUCGAGCUCGGUUACCCCGCCGCUAAGAAGUACGAUAUUGAGGCCUGGCUUCCUGGCCGAGGAGACUGGGGUGAAAUCACCUCCACCUCCAACUGUCUCGACUACCAGAGUCGACGUUUGCAUACCACUUUCAAGCUGAGAGACGCCAAGAAGGUGUAUGCCCAGACUCUCAACGGUACGGCUUUGGCUGUGCCCAGAGUAAUUGCUGCCAUCUGUGAGAGCAACUACGACCCGGAGACAAAGACCAUUGCUGUUCCCGAGGUGCUACAGAAGUACAUGGGAGGAGUUACCUCCAUCGGAUCCCAGGACAACUGCGACGUCUUUGCCACCACCUAG